GAUGAUUCCUACCAGUCAGUGGGGAGGCCAUUGUUGUCCAGAAAACAUGAAAAAAUGCACACAGCCCAGCCAGGAGACGCCAAAUUGUCAUGGAAAUUAGCAAGGAAACACUCGCAGACCUCUGAAGUCCUCUGAAGCUGGCUACAAAUCUUUUUCGCUGGUAUGGAAAUCGAUGAAACAACUUUUGUCACCUUGAUCAACCCCACUGUCGGUAUAUAUCUUAGUUUUGAAGCUGUGAUCUAAGAAACACCAAUAUCUCUGCCAUCGCAGAGGUGAAAUUCCUGGAACUUCUUAUAAGAAACCGCUCCAUGUAAUACUUCUCUCAAUUGUGGAGGCCACUGUUGUCCAGAAAACCUGAGAAGACGCACGCAGCCCAGCCAGGAGACGCCAAAUUGUUGUGGAAAUUAGCAAGGAAACACUCGCAGACCUCUGAAGUCCUCUGAAGCUGGCUACAAAUCUUUUUAGCUGGUAUGGAAAUCAAUGAAACAACUUUGGUCAGCUUGAUCAACCCCAUCUACUUCCCUGGCAAGUUGUGGUGUUUGGUGAACGAUCCUCAGAUUCGCUCAAUCUGUUGGGACGCCACCGGGGAAGGAAUACUCAUCCAUCAGCUACCCUUCGAAGCUGAAGUGCUAUUGUCCCAACCCAGGCAGGUGACCGAGUAUUUCAGAACGACGGACUUCAUCAGUUUCGUUCGCCAGCUGAACCUGUAUGGCUUCAGAAAAAAACGCACAGACCGUGAUGUCUCAGACAAGCAUCCCAACAUCUCAUCCAUUAAGGCCCAACUGCACCACUUUUACAACCCGUACUUCAAACGGGAUAAGCCUGAGCUUCUACUCAAACUAAAGCGACUCACGCGUCUCAACAAGGCCAAGCUUGCCGGGAUAGAGGUGACCAACAGGAAAUCAAAACGUUGCCAUCAUGUGAUGCAGGAAACCUCUGCCUUAACAGGUUCAGUCUUGCUUGGACAUCAGGGAACCCCUUACCACCAUCCCUGUAAUGGCCCUCAGCAGGAGAAGGACUGUGACAGAACGUCCAAAUCUUCCCAAGCAUUUGUAGUGGGCCAUGUUGAUCCUUCUCCAGUUACUUUAAACACUAACAAUGUUGUGCCGGUCCCUGUGUCCCACCACUUCCCAGUGGACUCGCCGAGUGCACAUCCCUCCAGCGUCAUGCACAUGCAGCAGGGCGUCAUGCCUCAUCACUCACAGCAUGGGUUUUACACACCAGUGAAUCAGUGCCGUAGCCCAGACUUCUUGGAUUCAAAAGUGCCAAGCUUUCAACAACCAGCUGCUUCCUACUCUCCUUGUGGCUAUUACCCUGACUACUCAGUCGGAUACGCUCAUCCGAUUGAUGAGGAUCCAUACUGGAAAGCAGGUGAUAUUCCAGAGUCCAGGACGAGUGACAUGAAAGAGAAAGAGGAGCUGGACGAUAAUUUAAAACUGGUGGAAGAAUUACAGGCUGAUGUUGAGUUCUGGAAGUUGCUGCAGCAAUCAAUCACCUGUUAAGACAGCUUGACUAGGGAGCACAUUUUAUUUCGAGUGUAAUGACUGGAAAUGUUGCCUUUAAUCCUUUUCCUGACAAUGUUUCACAUGACAGCAACAUGAGUUUUAUUAUUAUCGCUUUCCAGGUAUAUUCCUUUGAUACGAUAUAACAGGAAAUAGGUAAUCCUUAAUGAUCAAUAAAUUUCACAAUUAUUUCAGUAUUCUAUUGAAACAUCAUUUUUUUCUCAAAAAAACAGCAUUUUUUCUUAAACGAAGCAAAUGCAAUAAACAAUGUGUUACGGAGCGUAGACGGACAUAAGCGCAGGCAAGCGGAGAGAUGACGUGAGACUGAGCACGAAAUGAGAAUCGAGUCGGGAUAGAGCAGGUAAGCUAGGUAUCAGGGGCGUAGGCAAAAGCGUAGUGAAAGACGAGCGUUAAGUCGAGCACCAGGGAAAACACUUCUAGGAAAGUCGGCUUGGUAAACAAACAGGGACAAGGCUGCUGAGCGGUUACUUCGCAAGCGGCUAAUGCUAGGGAGGCCCUUAUAUAACCUUAGGUGUCUGCAGGUGUUCGUAAUCAGAACUCCGGCGAACUCGAGCACGGGUAUGGCUGGGAAGUGUUGUCCUCCUCCACCAAGUCCCUGGUCGGCACUACACGUUGUGAGCUGCCGCGCUGAUUUCGCCAUGUCGUAACACAAUGUACAACUUCAAAAUUAUUAAAAUGUCUAGAAAUAGGUUUAUAAAUCUUAUUUAUUACUUACAGUAUUACAUUUUUAAAAAUGUUUUCUUUGUUCUCUUAUAAUGCACAAUAUCUUUUUACAGCUACUGUUUUCUCUGUUCUUUUAUUUGCUGAUGUGUAAAGCACUUUGACCACUGUUUAAUAGUUUAUUAAAGUGUUUGACAUAUAAUUAUAAAUGAUUAAAUGUCUGUUUGUAUGAAUUUA